GGGGCGGUGGCCCGAUGGCUCUGGAACAGUCGUGCAGGCUGCUAGAGAAGGAGUCGUGUUUUCUCUUUUCUGGGAUCAAGGCGGAACAGAAAUGGCGGAGGCUCACCAGGCCGUGGCAUUCCAGUUCACCAUCACACCAGAAGGUAUUGACCUGCAGCUGUCCUAUCAGGCCCUGAACCAGAUUUAUCUCUCUGGCGUCCGUUCCUGGAAGAAACGAGUCAGCCGCAUCAAGAACAGAGUUAUUAAAGGAGUGUACCCUGCCAGCCCUUCCUCCUGGCUGUUUGUCGCCAUAGGAAUCCUGGCCACCAUGUAUAUGCAGUCUGACCCCAGCAUGGGGCUCAUUGCCAAGAUACAGCAGCACCUUCCACUCAGUCUCCAUGUUUCCCUCAGUGCUCAGGGUCAAACCAUGGUGUCGGCUCUAGUCUUCAGCACUCUGCUGUGGCUCUCGCUCAUCCUCGCCCUCAGGUUCUGCCUGAAGCUGCUGCUCUCCUACCACCGUUGGGUCUUUGAAGCGCACGGCAGAGUUUCCAACACCACAAAAGUCUGGGGGACUCUUUUGGGGUUAUUUUCAAGGAGUAAGCCUUUACUGUACAGCUAUCAGACCUCUCUUCCUCACCUUCCUGUUCCUGCCAUCAAAGACACAGUCAGCAGGUAUUUGGAGUCAGUGCGCCCCCUGCUGACAGAUACAGAGUACAAACGGAUGACCGGUCUAGCCAACACAUUUGAGCUGACCCUGGGGAACCGACUCCAGCGCUACCUGAAGCUUAAAGCUCUGUGGGCCACCAACUAUGUAAGCGACUGGUGGGAGGAGUACAUCUACCUGAGGAGCAGAGGUCCCAUCAUGGUAAACAGUAAUUACUAUGGCAUGGACUUCCUGUACAUAACCCCAACCACAGUUCAGGCUGCAAGGGCAGGAAAUAUAAUCACUGCCUUGCUGCUCUACCGACGCAAAGUCAGUAGAGAGGAGCUGACGCCGAGUCGUGUUCCAGGUACCUUCAUCCCCCUGUGUGCAGCUCAGUGUGAGAGGAUGUUCAAUACGACACGCACACCAGGAGCAGAGACUGAUGUGCUACAGCACUGGCAGGACAGCGAGUUUGUAGCAGUAUACCACAGAGGGCGCUAUUUCCGUCUUUGGGUUUACCGUGGGGGCCGGAUGCUGUCUCCCAGAGAGAUCGAACACCAGAUCCAGAAGAUCAUAGAUGACCCUUCACCCUCAUUCCCUGGAGAAGAAAAGCUGGGAGCUCUCACUGCUGGAGAAAGGGUUCCUUGGUUUCAGAUGCGGAAGCAGUUCUUUAGCUCUGGUGUCAACAAGAAGUCUCUGGAUGCCAUUGAAAGGGCAGCCUUCUUUGUAACUCUAGACGAUGAAGAGCAAGGCAUGAGGGGUGAUGACCCUGCAGGAAACCUGGACCGCUAUGCCAAGUCUCUGCUUCAUGGAAAGUGUUAUGAUAGGUGGUUUGAUAAAUCUUUUUCUGUGGUGAUCUACAAAAAUGGGAAGAAUGGGCUGAAUGCUGAGCACUCAUGGGCCGAUUCACCAACAGUGGCUCACCUUUGGGAGUAUACUCUAUCCACAGAUGCCUUCCAGCUAGGAUACACGGAGGAUGGACACUGUAAAGGUGAAGUGGAGCUGUCACUGCCCCCACCUCAGAGGCUUGUGUGGAACAUCCCAUCAGAGGUUCAGACUCAGAUCUAUAGCUCCCUGGCUGUUGCCCAGGCAUUGGCGGAMGAUGUGGACUGCCAUGUGUUUCCCUUCAGAGACUUUGGAAAAGGUCAGAUCAAGAAGUGCCGGAUCAGCCCUGAUGCUUUCAUACAGAUCAGCCUACAGCUGGCAUACUACAGGGAUCGUGGUGGAUUCUGUCUGACAUACGAGGCAUCAAUGACCCGUUUGUUUCGGGAGGGCCGAACAGAGACUGUGAGAUCCUGCUCCAAUGAGAGCUGUGCCUUCGUCAAAGCCCUGGAGGGUGGAGAGACAGAAGAAGAAUGCAGACGUCUCUUCCGACAGGCUUCUGAGAAGCACCAAAACCUUUAUCGACUGGCCAUGACUGGAGCUGGGAUCGACCGACACCUUUUCUGCCUCUAUGUAGUCUCCAAAUACUUGGGGGUGGAGUCUCCUUUUCUCAAAGAGGUUUUGUCUGAGCCUUGGCGUCUCUCCACUAGCCAGACCCCCAUUCAGCAGUUAAAUCUGUUUGACCUGAAGAACCACCCGGAUUUUAUAUCGCUUGGUGGAGGAUUUGGACCUGUUGCAGAUGAUGGUUAUGGAGUUUCAUACAUMAUUGUUGGAGAGGACUUGUUAAACUUCCAUGUGUCAUCAAAGUAUUCCUGCAAUGAUACUGACUCUCACAGAUUUGGAGAUCAGAUAAAGAAAGCUCUCGGAGAUAUCAUGGCUCUUCUGUCAACUGACAGCAAAACCUCUCUCUCCUCCAAAGGCACAGUUCACUCACAGUCCAAGUAGACUGCCUGAACCCAGCCUGACAAAUUUUACCAUCAGUACCUCAUGAUUGAGGACCUCUGAUGUUGCUGGGGCAAGAUGUAAAUUUACAAACAGGAUAGUUUAACCU